AUGCUUGGAAAUAAAAAUAAUUUAACUUUUGAAGGUAAUAAUCUUAUAUAAUAAUAAAAGAGAGAUAUAAUAGCGAUUAAAAAAUAUAACAAUAUAUUGUUAUCUUCUAUUUGUUAUUAGUCUUUACAUAUUCACUUGCUAUUGUACUACUUUCUUAUUAACAAUAUGUAAAUUUUAAUUCUACCCUGCCUACAGAUUUUGAAUUAUUAAUUUAUAAUUGGGAACAAAGUCCUAUUAAAAUUCUUUAAAUUGCAGAAGAAAAUGAUUUAACAAAAGUCUCUGCUACUUUUUAAAAUUAAAAAAUUUAAACUUAUUCAAUUGAUAAUGAGAAUGUUUAAUUCACAAUUGAAAAACUUGAUUCCUUUACAUUUAUAAAUAAUUAUACACUCUAAUCUGAUUGUGAUUAUGGUUUUAGUUUAUGUGGAGGAGUUGAACUAAAUUCUAAAUAUUGUAUAAACAUAAAUUAAAUAACUUCUACUUUCUAAUGUCCUUUUAAUGAUAUCUUAACAUAAUAAAACUUUACUUAAGGUUAUUUGAAAAACUAUAGUGUCAAUCUACAGAAUUUCACUAAUUAUUUUUAUGAAAGCAAGUUGUAAAUACAAAAAGGAUCUGUAAAUAAAACUAUAAUGGUUUUAUCUUCUGUUUAAUCUAGAUAACCUGUAACUAAUUUAAGAUUUGGAUUCAAUGGAAAGAUAUGCAAAGACUCUGAUGAAUUUGAGAAAUGUUCAUAAACCUUAUUAAACUAUUAGGAAAUAUCAAAAAUAAAAGCAUUAGAUAUUCUUAAUCUUAAUUCUAUAACUGAUCCAAAGAAUAUCACAAUUAAUGAUACAAUUGGAUUAUAUGCUGAAAGAUAUAUUGAAUUUCAUAUGGAUUGCAGAUAUACUUUAAUAGAAAGAGUUUUAGAGAGUCCUAAAUAUUAUAAAAAAUUAGGAUACAUAUUGUACAUUCAAACUCUAUUCACUUUAAUGUAUUGUAUAUUUAUUGGAAUAAUCCUUAAUUUAUUUCAUUUUUUAUGCUUUCUGAUUUUACAUUUAUUUUAGUCCUACCAAUAUUAAAUUAGAAACAAAUCAAAAUAAUACGAAGAAUAAUUUACACAAUUAGAAUUGGUUCAUUUUUAUCUUUUGGUACAAUUAUUUGUCUUUUGUAUUUUUAUGAGGCUUAAUUUCAUGAUACCAUUAAUAGAAUUGUAAGAAGCCGUUGUUUAGAAGAUAAUUUUUUAUAUAUUAUGAGUGAAACUUUAGAUGACAUUGAUAAAUUUAGAGCAAAUGAAAUUACAAUCUUUUGGAUAUUCAUAGUAGCCUUAAUAUUAGAAGUUUUUGCAUGCUUUAUUGUUGUUUAUAGAGGAGCUAAUGUUAAGAAAAAGAACUUACUUUAAAAAUGUAAAAUAAAUUUUCUUAAUUUUAAGAGUAUGAACAUGAAUUAGAAAUUAAACAUGAUGAAUAAUAAUAUCAAUUUAAGGUUGAUUAGAAUUAACUAUAAAAUAGAAUUUUGCCUAGAUAAUCUUUUACACCAAAUGAUAAGCAAGUAAUUAGACAAUCUGUAAAAUCUGAAUAAUCUUCAUCAAAAAAAACCAAAAAUAACAAUCUUUUGGUAGACAUAAAUGAAUAGGAGGAAAUUUAAAAUUAGAGAGAAUCAAUUAAACCAGUUUUACAAUAAAAUUAAUUUCCACUUAACACCAUGCAAUCACCAAAUAAUUAUUAAGGAUAAAAAAUUUAAUUUAGCCCAUGA